AUUGCGUUUCCUACUUCUCUCGGUUUGUCUUGGGUAUAUGCGCUACAAGAUGAACUUCGACAUUCUUGAAGAUGAUGACUGGACCGGUCAAGUACGCGACGUCAAAGAUCCUUUUGAUCCGCAAGCCAGUGGUCAUGACAUUCUAAUGCUUGACCUUGACGACGAUGAACUUGCGGCUAUGAAUUCCGAAAACGAUGCAAUGUUUGAGGAUUUGGUUGGUGAGAACGCCUCUCAAGCGGACCCGAUGCAAGACGAUUUCGACCAAAUUGAUCCCGUUGCUGGACUUGAAAACAUUGCUAUAGGAUUCUUUGAACAGUUAUCAACGGCUUUUCCUGAUGCGGAGUAUCAUUCCCAUCGCAAACGGGAGAGGAAUCCUAUAUCUAUAAGUCUAGUUGACAGAACAAAAACAGCGAAAGAAGAUGGUGCUUCAACUAUGAAGACUGUAUCGUUUCCUCAGAACACAAAGCGGGGCAGUAGCAGAUCAACUGCUCAAGUGCUGAGGAUCAUCGACCUGAUGCACGAAGCUCUUCAUGAAGAAGUUCCCAUCACAAAGCGGGACAUGUAUUAUCGUGAUGUGUCGCUGUUUAAGACUCAGUCUAUCGUGAACAAGUACGUUGAUGACCUUGCAGCAACUAUCGGGGUGGGUCGUGGAGACCUCAAUGUGCGAGCAUCGUCGAAGGGUCUCUUCUCCGGUGCUGGCCUCACUAUUCAUCUCCAUUCGGGCGAAACGUUGUACGGGAAUGACUCGGAGAGCACGUUGAUCCCAGUCGCCGAUGAUAUCGAGAAGUUUGAAAUGAGAGAUGGCCUGUCUUGGGUGCUAAUCGUCGAAAAAGAGGCUGUCUUUCAGACACUCGCUCGAUUGAGUUUCUCAAAACACCCUUGCCUUCCAGGGCAUGGCAUCAUUAUUACGGGAAAGGGUUACCCAGACAUCGCAACGCGUCAGCUCGUAUGUACACUAGCCGAUAACCUCCCUGUCAUUAUCCCUAUGAUUGCGCUUGUUGAUGGAGACGCAUUUGGUAUUGACAUUAUGUCGGUCUACAAGUUCGGGAGCAGUAGUAUGUCUCACGAACGAGAGACACUGACUGCCCCGAGGCUCCAAUGGGCCGGGGUAUUUGGGAGUGAAUUGGCUCAGUUCGGAGUCGAAAGGGAUUCAAUGCUAGCUCUUACGAAGCAUGACGAGAAAAAAGCUCGGACAUUGUUAAGCCGUCCCGAACUGCCCGCAACCUGGAGACGUGAGCUGCAGCACAUGAUAUUCACUCGUCGCAAAGCUGAGAUAGAAGUCCUGGCAAAUGCUAAACCUCUUGUUAAUGACCUGGGUUUCAUUCGCCCGUCCUCCUCGAAUAAUCAGAUCGUGACGCCGCCUGUUUCUCUCCCCUCCCCUGAGAACGCUCUUACAAGAUACCUCGUCCACAAGCUCUCUGUUGCAAUUGCAGGACGUGCUGCGCCUACGUUGGUCUGACGUGCCUCAUCUGAUCAGCUUGAGGGCAGACUCUUGAAGCCUUCGCGUUCACCUGCCUGUUGUAUCUCUACUGUUCAUAUGCGCGUGAUGGAGCAAAGAAUGCUUGUCCCUGAUGCUACAACAUAAAUACUAAUUCGUCUGAGCGUU